UGCGGGUGUUGUUCUCUGAUUGGGUGUCUCCUUGAAAACUUGAAGUGACUGCUCCAGCAGGUUUGUCCGCAAAUCACCUGUGCGCUAUGAGCUGGAACUCACAGCUCUCCGUGACGACAAAAUGGACAACUGGCCCAAAACAGCUAAGAUCUCUUACAAGCGCUGGAGAAACUCUGAACAGUGGGGUGAUGCAGAUUUUGUGGGUCAAACUGAUGAGGACCAGGGCACAGACGCUGAGAUUUGCACCAUAGCUUCAAAUUUUGACGCAGAGGCUACGCAGUCUUCAUCCGCCUCUGGGUCUAAUAAACCCGAAGAAACCUUUACAGUGGAUGAUGCAUUGGAGGCAAUCGGAUUUGGAAAGUUUCAGUGGAAAAUCUCUUUCCUCACUGGACUGUCAUGGGUAGCAGAUGCCAUGGAGAUGAUGAUCCUCAGCAUCUUGGGGCCCCAGCUGCACUGUGAGUGGAGGCUCCCCAGCUAUAAAGUGGCACUCAUAACAUCGGUGGUUUUUAUCGGGAUGGGGAUCAGUUCACCGAUUUGGGGAAAUGUCGCCGACAAGUACGGCAGAAAAGUAGGUCUGAAAGUUUGUAUGUGCUGGACUUUGUACUACGGCCUGCUGAGUGCCUUUGCUCCAGCGUAUGGCUGGCUCUUGUUCCUGCGCAGCCUUGUGGGCUUUGGUAUUGGAGGAGCUCCUCAGUCGGUCACGCUGUACUCAGAAUUCCUUCCCAUGAAGGCGAGAGGCAUCUGCAUUAUGCUGAUUGCGGCAUUCUGGGCAAUCGGUGCUGUGUUUGAGGUCCUCCUGGCCUUGAUGGUAAUGCCUGAUCUGGGUUGGAGGUGGCUGCUCGGCUUAUCCACAGUACCAUUGGCAAUCUUUGUUUGCUUCUGCUUUUGGUUGCCGGAGAGUCCUCGUUUUGAUGUGCUGUCGGGAAGACGAGAAAAAGCCAUGGCAACCUUAACGCGCAUUGCUAAAGAGAAUGGGAAGACCCUGCCUCAAGGCAGGCUGAUCGCUUAUAAUCAGAAUGAACGUGGACGGUUCAAAGAUCUCUUUGCUCCUCAGUACUGGAAGACCACGCUGCUCCUGUGGUUUAUAUGGUUUUCCAAUGCCUUCUCCUAUUACGGGAUUAUCCUGCUGACAACUGAGCUGUUCCAAGCUGGAGAUUUGUGCGCGAUGACCCAAGGAGCCAAGAUUGAGCCAGACUGCAGUCUUGAAUGUAGAUAUUUAACGUCAGCCGACUACAAAGACCUUUUAUGGACGACCUUGGCUGAGUUCCCAGGUUUUUUAGUCGUCCUUCUACUAGUGGACUAUAUCGGCAGGAAGAAAAGCAUGGCACUGUGUUUCCUCAUGUUUUCCUUGUGUAUUCUACCGUUAUACGCUUGCAUUGGGAGGAUAGCCCUUACCAUCUUCAUCUUCAUUGCCAGAGCCUUCAUCUCUGGUGGAUACCAAGUUGUUUUUGUUUACACACCAGAAGUGUUCCCUACAGAAAACAGAGCUUUAGCAAUGGGAACGUCAAGUGCCAUGGCCAGGUUGGGUGCCCUGAUUACACCCUUUGUGGCACAGGUGUUGCUCAGGACGUCUGUGUAUUUGACUCUGUCGGUGUAUUGCAGCUGCUCUCUGCUGGCUGGCGUUGCAUCUUGGCUCCUGCCCAUCGAGACAUUGGGAAGGAAUCUGCAGGAGUCCAGUCUCGACCAGGAGACUGCAGGGCAGACGACCUCCACCACCAGAGAGUCAGAUAAUACAACGGGCUCAGCGGACCAGUGACGGAUGAGGCAGGAAUAUAAUAAAAAAGAAAGUGUAAAACCUG